AUCACAAUUCACAAAAAUAAACUUAUGGUGCUAAUUAACAAAAACACCUAUGGUACUACUCACUAUAAAAUUUUAGAAUCUUUGGCCUUUAAGCAACCUUUGCUCCAAGCAAUUCUAGAAUUACUCUUCCUUCUUUUUUCAUAUUCAUUCCAUUAGAUAACUAAAAAUUUCACUCCCUCUUCUUCUUUUUUCCUUUAAGAAUAAUCUCUCUAAGCCCAAAAAAACCAAAAGGGUCAUUGUAAAUGGCAAUUACACAUGCAGACCUUGAACCAAAAAGAAGUAAAACUGAUUUGAGUAGCAAAACAGGAGCUUUUCUUAUGGUUGUCACAAUUUUAUUAGGCUGGUUCUGUUUCAUCUUAUGUCUCAUAGCCGAAGCCACGCGUUCCGAGGUGACAUGGAUAAAUAGAGAUGGAAAAGAAAAGGGAAGAAAAUCUGAAUGUGUUUAUAAUGGAAAUGGGAAAGUACCUUUGUUAUGUGCUGCUUCUGCUUUUGUUGGAUUAGCAAUAGCUUUGGUUAUGGAGCAUACAUACAUGUUGAUAGCAGUGAGUAAAUCAUCACCUUCUUUAAUUAAUUGGGAUCCUGAUUCUCCUUCUGCUAAGUCCUUAACAUGGUUGGCUGGUUUUUUCUUCAUUUCAACUUGGAUUUGUUUUGCAGUUGCGGAAGUUUUAUUAUUGGCAGGACUUAGUGUAGAAUCAGGCCAUUUAAAAAAUUGGUCUAAGCCAAGAACGGGUUGCUAUUCAAUUAAAGAAGGUUUGUUCUCGGCUGCCGGAGUGUUUUCUUUAACAACAGUCUUCUUAGCGGCUGGUUUAUACCUAACGGCACUUUGUGCACAAAGAAUGUCAGAGAAGUUAGCAAUUGUUCGAAGAGAAGUUCUAGAAGCUUCUACCUACUAUACUUCUCCGCCAAGAUCACCUCAAAGACAUAUCGCAACCGUUGCAAGAGAGAACCCUACAACAAUAGAGAAUCAAAAUGAUGAAUUAUUAUUAUCCGUUUUUCCAACUCCUUUUAAUAAAAGCUAUACUUUUGUAUAAAUUUAUAGAGUAUAGUUUAAAUAUUUGAUCCUUUGGUUUGGCCAAAUGGCCCAAAUUUUUAAGGGAUACCGGAGUGUGUGACAAAAUUACAUUUAUAGUUUUACACUAACUAUAGAGUAAAAAAAAAUCAUUUAAUUGUGUAUAUAAUGUAAUAAUUUGUGAUUAUUAUUUCAUUGAUAUGAUCACUUUAAGAUUUUCUUUUAUUUGUGGCCACGAGCUAAUUGUUAAUAGUUCUGAAUUUUAGAAAA